AUGACCGGCCGCAACGGAGUGCCUCGGCCCUCACUCGACGGUCGAAAUAGAAAGGUGCCGGCAACCCUGGUCGGAAAAGACGACUGGCCGCGGCCGCAGCUGCUGCAAAGCCGCGAGCCCGUCAAUCUUCGAGAGGCGUCGCCCCCCAAAACCAACCCGUGGAGCCGCACCACCAAGCCAACCUCACCCAUCAGCAACGACAGCACGCUCGGCACUCCGGAUUCAGCCUUGUGGCCGACCCCAGACAACAAUCGAGGACCCCCGUCCGCUAAAUCACCGCCGCCAAAGGCAGAUACUGAGCCGGCUGAGCGCUGCCGUGAAGAGUCGCCUGCUAGUAAUCCUAAUUCCGAGAACAAGACUUCCGGCGCGGUAUUGGAAGCGUCGAAAGCAGCAGCGGCGGCCUUGAGUGAACACGGUCUUCGGAAUGGCCAGCCUGAAGACGAGAAUGAGAAGCGCGACGGCUGGCAAGAGUACUUGAAGACGCCGCCGAGUUUUGCCACCAAACACGUCAGAUACUGGCUCUGGAAGACUGGAGCGUGCGCGGACGUGAUACUCCAUCUCGACGACAAGACGUAUUUUUGUCACCGCGAGAUACUCACAGCCGAGUCCGGAUACUUCCGCGACAAUCUGCCACCGCCGACCUCGUCAUGCGUCCCUGUGGAAGUCGCCUUGGUAACUCAUGGAUCGCUCAACUCCCACUGCCUGCGAUUUCUCUACACCGGCCAGCUGGAGGUGGCAAAGCCCCGACGCGACCAGUACCACGACAUUGCCCUCGUCCCCAUGUGCGCUCUGUUUUUUAUUCAGGCGCAAGGACUUCGGUCUCCCUCGAUGGCCGGCCACGUCAUCCGGGUCCUGGAAGAAAUGGCGACGCAAUGGGGAGACAUCUUCGAGUCUACACUCAACUACUGCCUUUGGACCGACCACCAGGCCAACACUUUCGGCAUUCACCUUCAAAACACGCUCUACACUACGUACAACUACGCCGACAGCGCCGCCCUUGCGCCGCUGCGGAUUGCCGUUGCCGGCUUCCUCGACGCCGUGUUCCCGGUCAUUGCCCGGCAGCACAGGGCCAUUGGGCUUUUCUCGUCGCGCGAGUGGCAUCUCUAUGCCGGACGGAUCACGACGGACAUGUAUCGGUCUCGACAGCAGCGCGAGUCGGUCGACGGGCAGCGCUCUGCUGAAGACAAAAUCAAGGCUCUUUGGGAGCAAUGCGAGAAACAGGGAGGCCUGCGAAACCCCGUACCCCUGGAGAUGGUUCGCAUUCCCUCUCUCGAGGGCAACAUCUGA